CCUCCUGGGUCGCAGAACACCGGAAACCCCCCAAAGCCCUCCGACUCGCCCACUCUCUCCUCUCCAUCCUCCGUCCUUGCGGCUCGCUUCGCUUCUUUCCAUCGUCCUCCAAGCUCCCAGCGAAAGAACCAAGGCAAGCCCUCGAUGGCCGCCGAGAACAAACCCAACUCCAUCUUCAACAACAGCAAGGGCAGGAAGAGGAAAUAUCUGCCCCACGGCAAACCUGUGAGGAAGGGGUCGUAUCCAUUGCGUCCCGGAGUGCUGGGUUUCUUCCUUACCUGCGACGGGGGAAGGGAGCGCCAGGCCACCAAUGAAGCCCUCAAUCUUCUCGAGACCUUUUAUGAAGAGCUCGUGAAUGGGAAAGAUUCAAGUGCAAAAUGUAGGACUGUUUCCAGCAAACCAUUGAAUAAAAUAAUUAAAUUUAAGGACUCUGAUUCUUCCAGUGAUGAAGAUGAGGCUUCUCCUCAUGGGGAGGAGUCUGAUACUGUGAAAAAUGCAGUAGAAAGUGAGGACACACCUUCAAAGGAGCAGCAAGAAGAUGUGGCUCCUUGCAAGGAGGAAUUGGAUACUGAGAAACAUGCAGAAAAUGAGGAAUUACCAUCAAAGAAACAGCGCCUAGAAACUGAUACAUUAAAAUGUGCCCAUACAGAAUCUGACAAAUCUAAUGAUAAACCAAUUGACGAGUUAAUUGAAGAUGAGCUCCAAGAGUUGGGAGAUAGAAACAAGAGGCAUUUUGUGAGUCUUGAGUCAGGUUGUAAUGGUGUUGUGUUCAUUCAAAUGCAUAAACGAGGUGGAGACCCUGGUCCUGUGGACAUAGUACAUCACAUGAUGAGUUCAGCUGCUUCAACAAGGAAACAUAUGUCAAGGUUUAUAUUAAGAGUUUUACCAGCUGAGGUGACAUGUUAUGCAUCAGAAGAGGAAAUAAAAAAUGCAAUUAAACCACUUAUCGAACAAUAUUUUCCAAGUGAAGCUUCCACUCCAAGCAAGUUUGCAGUAUUGUAUGAAGCACGUGCUAAUACAGGUAUUGAGAGGAUGGCCAUCAUAAAUGCAGUAGCAAAGUCAGUUCCCCAGCCACAUAAGGUGGAUCUCAGCAAUCCAGAUAAGACCAUCAUUGUCCAGAUUGUCAAGGGAGAGAAUCAAGAGGGUGUAUUAUUACUGGAGAAGAGGGUACCUAUAAAGACUAUUUGCUUGGUUGGGGUGGUUGAAAGGUAUAAGGAGCUUUCCAAGUACAACCUAAGGCAACUGACAUCGCCACAACAAUAGUCUUGUGAUGAUCCUGGAAGAACUGGUAGAAGAAGUUGAUUUCUUGCAUGCUUCAUGGCCAAGAUAUUGUUGAGAAAAUUUAGGCCUGAGGAGAGUGUCGAAGAACCCAUCUGGGCAAACCAUACGCCUGAAAUUCAUGAGGAUAAUGCAUUUCUUGGAAAUAGCUACAGCUGGAUGAGACCUCUCAUUUUCUAAUCGAAAGCUUAUGAUCUAAUAUUUCCAGAAAGUAUGUAGGUUAUCUGGUUUAAUUAUGAUUUGCUAAUUUACAUGUAGAAAAAUAAUCCACAUGCUUGUCAGAAGCUGGUUUGGUUUUAAAUUUUCUAAAUUUAUAAUCAAUAGAAACUAUUGACCUGUAAGUGGAUCUUGCCUUGAUCUAUCAGCACUGUUCUUGUUUCCUCCUGGACUAACUGAUGUAAAUGUUGGAAAUUUAGUAUGCAUCUGACUUGUGGGAAA